CUCAGAGCGGAAGAUGGGGAAGGACCAGGAACUGCUGCAGGCGGUGAAGACCGAGGACCUGCUCACCGUGCAGAAGCUGCUGCAAAGGCCCCGACCGGGGAAAGCAAAGCUCCUCGGUUCUACGAAGAAAGUGAAUGUCAACUUCCAGGACACAGACGGGUUUUCUCCGCUGCAUCAUGCGGCACUCAAUGGGAACCUUGAGCUCAUCACUCUGCUGCUGGAGUCACAGGCUGCUGUCGACAUCAGAGACCAGAAAGGCAUGCGGCCGCUGCACUACGCAGCCUGGCAGGGGAAGGCGGAGCCUAUGAAGAUGCUGCUGAAAUCUGGUUCAUCUGUCAACGGCCAAUCAGAUGAAGGACAGAUUCCUCUCCACCUGGCAGCGCAGCACGGCCACUACGACGUGUCGGAGAUGCUGCUGCAGCACCAGUCCAACCCGUGUAUUGUGGAUAAUGCAGGAAAAACCCCCCUGGACCUGGCCUGUGAGUUCGGCAGAGUUGGGGUGGUCCAGUUGUUGUUGUCCAGCAACAUGUGUGCUGCUUUGCUGGAGCCCAAAAAAGGAGACACCACUGACCCCAACGGGACGUCUCCUCUCCACCUGGCUGCCAAGAACGGACACAUAGACAUCAUCAGACUGCUGAUCCAGGCAGGUAUCGACAUCAACAGACAGACCAAAGCGGGCACUGCCCUGCACGAAGCCGCCCUGUGUGGAAAGACCGAGGCAGUGAGACUCCUGCUGGACAGUGGUAUCAAUGCCACAGUGAGAAACACCUACAGCCAGACCGCGCUGGACAUCGUCUACCAGUUCACUGCGACACAAGCCAGCCGUGAGAUCAAACAACUGCUGAGGGAUGCAUCAGCGGCCCUUCAGGUUCGGGCUCUGAAGGAUUACUGCAACAACUAUGAUCUGACCAGCCUCAACAUCAAAGCAGGAGACGUCAUUACGGUUUUGGAGCAGCACCCUGACGGACGCUGGAAAGGCUGUAUCCAUGACAACCGAACAGGAAAUGACCGGGUGGGCUACUUCCCGUCCACCAUGGUAGAGGUCAUCAGCAAGCGCACAGGUUUGGCCAGCACAGUCAUUUGCACUCAACAGUUUCAAAAGAUACCGCUGGUUCCUCCGGCGACGGUUGCCCCUGCCAACGCGGUAGUCAACGGCAACGACACCACGUUCCAUCAGAUCCAUAUCCUGCCUCCACCGCCUCCUCCUCCACCACAUUCCCAUCAGCCACUGCUUCCACUUUUCACUUCCUUUGGCUAUAACAAGUCGCCCGUGACAACUCCACAGGGAGACACACCCACUGCCCCAGGUUGUCGCGGCUCAGAGGCAAGUCCUCACAGCUCUCCCACCCCGUCCAGCGGGCCCCAUGGAGGCUCCAACGAAGAGAUCUGGGUACUGCGCAAGCCCGUGGCAGGUGGAGACCGCAGCAGUGUGGGUAGUUCAGGCAGCGUGACCAGCGUGAGGUCGUCAGGCAGCGGUCAGAGCGCCGGCAGUGCAGCACACAUCCUCCACGCACAGGCCGAGGGGGUAAAGCUUCUAGCCACAGUUUUGUCCCAGUCUGCAAAAGCCAAGGAGCAUCUACUGGAGCAGUCCAAGUCUGUGGAGCAGCCUGCAGCAGGCUCCGCCAGCUCCUCUCGGACAUCAAGCCAAUCAGGCUGUCCACUGCAUGAAGCGCCGCCCUACGACGCCACGGCAACCAGGAAGGGGGAGGGGCCAGGCGAAGGGAAGAGCUCAGAGGCCGUUGUCCAAUGGCUGAGCGACUUUCAGCUGCAGGUCUACGCUCCAAACUUCCUGGGCGCUGGGUAUGACUUGCCCACCAUUAGCCGAAUGACCCCGGAGGAUCUGACAGCGAUUGGGAUAACUAAACCAGGUCACAGAAAGAAGAUGACAUCAGAGAUUAACAAGCUAAGUGUCACCGAGUGGCUGCCUGAGCAGAAACCUGCCAGUCUAGGAGAGUGGCUGUCUGCUAUUGGCCUGAGCCAGUACCACCAGGUCUUAGUGCAGAACGGCUACGAGAAUAUCGAAUUCAUCACCGACAUCACCUGGGAGGACCUGCAGGAAAUAGGCAUCACCAAGCUGGGCCACCAGAAGAAGCUAAUGCUGGCGGUGAAGCGACUGGCUGAAAUGCAACGCAGCUCAGACGGGCGGGGCUCCCUCAGAAAGAAGCCCCCGCCAAUCACACAGCAGCAGGAAGUCAUGUCUACGGACAGCCCUCCUCCGGACGAGGUAAUGUCUCCAAAGAUGAGCACCUUCCAGGACAGCGAGUUGAGCACCGAGCUGCAGAAUGCCAUGACCCAGCCAGGGCAGGAGGUCAGCAAAGCCCAGCGGACCCGCAGCCUCAGCAAAGACCAUGAUGAGGUCAUGACAGGAGGUGGGGGAGGAGGAGGAGGUGGUGCUGGGCCACCGAAGAAGGAGGCGCGGACUAUGAGGCAGCAGGGCAGCCAGGGCAGCACCUCCUCCUCUCACAGAGGCAGCGUGUCCUCUCAAGGGAAACACCGUCACUCCCACUCGCAUUCCCAGCCUGCGCCUCCCUACACGCCCCCUCACACUCCCACCAAGACGAGAACCUCAUCUUCCUCCUCCACCUCCUCCGUCCAGAGCACAGCUUCCCCGCAGGCCAAACACAAGCCGUCCCCUCAAUUCAUCCAGGGGGAGAGACCUCAGUCGCCGCGCUCCCACCCCCCUCAGUCUCCGACCCACCGCGGGGCCCCGUGUACGCAGCCUCAGCCUCAGCCCCAGCAGCAACAGCAGCCUCAAGUCCAGCCGCCGCAUCAGGCGCACCCCCAGCACCACCCACAGACGCAGGUCAUGGAGGUUAGGGAGAGUCAACAACCACAAGUCCCACUCCUCUGCCUCCCACCAGAGGCUGAGCUGGCUGAGGGAGAAGGAGCAGAGCCUUCGGCGCUCCAGAAGAAACGUGCCCACAGCCUCAACAGAUACGCCGUCUCAGAUGGCGAGUGUGACGAGAAGGCGGGAGGAGGUGGGGGUGGAGGGGGUGAAGGAGAAGCCGAGGUAGCGGGAGGUCAGGGCUCUGCCGCCAUCAGAGGGGAAGGAGUUAAAUAUGCCACGGUGACCCACCGCGUCAGCCGCAGCCACUCCGUCCGCAACCAGGACAAGAACGUCAGCCGCAACCAGACGCAGUCCUUUGCUCUGCGUCAGAAGAAAAAAGGUCCGCCACCACCGCCGCCCAAACGCUCCAGCUCUGCCAUCUCCAGCUCCAACUCCAACCUGACAGACGCCAACGCACAGCCGCACACGCACACCACCACAGGAGGGAUGCUGGACGUGCCUUACCACCAACAGCGGCGGGCCAGCGACCUGGGGGUGUCCGUGGAGACGGGUGCUGUGGAGACAAGCAGUGUGGGCAGUGUGAGGAGCAUUGCCGCCAUGUUGGAGAUGUCUUCUAUAGGGGGUGGACCCAAAGGCAUGGCCCUGCAGAAGAAUUUCCUGCAGGUGGGGAAAACACGUGAUGCCAUUGGUCUGGACGGUGAAGUGGUGAACCGGCGGCGGACCAUUAGUGGCCCCGUCACAGAGCUGGUGGCGGCUGCCCGGCGUGACCAGCCCACACCUUCUGCUUUCCCUCCUCCCUCCGCCCAACCUGAAACCUCCCCUGUCCCUGCAAAUUCCUCCCCACCCCACCCUCCGUCCUCCCCGCACCCCAGCUCGGGAGGCAGUGGCAGUUCAUCGGAGAACCUGCCGUUUGCAGAGGAGGGGAGCCUGACCAUCCGCCGCCAGGGUCGAGGAGAAGGAGAAGGACAGUGUGUAUUUUGUGUUUGUCUGCAGGGUGACGGCGAGGGUCCCCAGGGAGACGGGGGAUACACGCAGGAGGACAUCUCCAGGGUCGAAGCCACGGCCACCUUAAAACGACGCCCCCGCAGCUCCAAGCCCCACCCCAACGGCUCCGACUUCACCCUCCAAGAGUCGUCCACCGUCAAACGACGGCCAAAGAGCCGCGACAAGGAGCCCGAGGGCUUCGCGGACCUGGCCGCAGCUAAUGGAGAGCCUGCGGGGGCUGGGCAGCAGAACACCAUGCAGCCAGUACCCUACCAGAAUGGCACGGCCACCGUGAAACGCCGCCCGGUGUCUGAUACUGGAGUGACAGAGCAGCCGCAACCUCAACCUCAACCUCAACCCCAAUAUCAACCUCAACCGCAACCGCAAGUGACUGCUGCUCCUCGCAGGGACAGUGUGGACCAAGGAGCUCCAAUGAGCAAUGAAGGAGGCCCGGUGAGAAAAACAAAGCCUCCGGUCUCCCCGAAGCCUGUUGUGGCACAGAUCAAGAGACAGGGAGGCCCGCAGACCCCCCCACACCCUGUCUCCAACAAGAGAGUCCCCCUGCCUGGCCCCGGGACACCUGGAAGUCCAGUGGAAGGAAAGAAGAUCCCUCCACCUGUCUCGCCCAAACCGGUGCCCCCGCCCACAGCGCCCAAACCGGCCAAGCUCAUCCACUCCAUGACCAGCCCGCCCUCCCCGACCCCAGCCCCUGCCCCGGUAAAGCAACACUCUGCGAUGACCCGACAGACCAGCUCGCCCCCGUCCUUCCCCCCUUCCAACAUCCCCAGCCCGCCAAACGCCAAGCCCCUGAGCCCAUCUUCUCAGAGCCCCCACACGCCGCAGACCCCCACUACGCCACAGACGCCCCAGACCCCCGCCACUCCCAGCCCGACCCCACCGCCGGUCAAGCCCCCUCGCUCCUCCAUCGGGGGCGUGUCGGUGGACAGCGGGAUGACGGGAGGCGGAGUCACGGUGCCGGCCCCCGUAACGACGGACUUUGGUGUGGACUAUUCGGUGCAUCAGAAGCUGGAGGAGACGAGCGCGUCGCUGGCCGCGGCACUGCAGGCCGUGGAGGAUAAGAUACUGCGGCAGGAGGACUCUGUGGCUGAGCAGAAGACCACAGUUAGCAUCCUCGACGACAUCGGCAGCAUGUUUGAUGACCUGGCUGACCAGCUGGACGCCAUGUUGGAGUAACCAUAGAAACCGGUCAGCGUGUCUCCACGGCAACGCUGCGUCAGGAGUGACUCAGAUGGCACAAUGGGCACUAUGCCUCUCUAUCUCUAUCUCCCUCUUUCUCCUCAUCCUUCUCUCUCUGCCGUGCACAGCCCCCUCUCACUCUUCCCGUCGUCCACCCGCCGCUGCUCUGGAAAACCUCGUCUCUCCUCCUCUUCCUCACACCUCCUGCCGCUGACGAUGAAAAUGAUGAUGGAGCAGCGCCACAGGCCUGGACACACAUGUGGCAGAGAGAGCGCGAGAAUGACGACUGGACAAAGAGAGAGACACUUAAAGAGAAGAG